AUGUCAACAAAAAAAAAGCAACCAACUUCUACCGAUAUCUUUAUUGAUCGUAUUAAGGGAAAAAUUAAAUCUGUUAACCCGUCCUAUGAUCCAUUUACACCAAAGUUGGAUGAUAAUUUAGAAAAUUGGAAGGACAAUUGGAAGAAGUACAAUCUAAAUUUGCACACUAAGAUGGUACAAGAAAAAAUUAAUUUGAACUGGAUUGAAUUUUGUAGCAGAUUUAAUUUAUGUGAAUCGUUGUAUGAUUCAAUCAAAGGAAAGGAAUUCAAUUCUCCAAAUAUGAAAAACAAAGAAAUAAACAGAUUGAUUAGAGAAACCAUUCCAAAUCCUGAAAAUGAAAAAAUUCCCCGAGAAAGAAUACUCGAAAAAUUGAGAUGUUCAAACAUUACAAUUAAUUAUUUUCAGGAAGUUGGUCCUCAAGAUAUUAAGAAAUUAAUUA